AUGCGACCGUUGAUAUAUGAUUCUCAGUUCAGUAUUGAAAAUGAGACUUCAAUUGCUAUGGUUUGGAUUUCGUUUCCAAACCUUCUUCCUACUUUUUUUGUCAAGGAAUCUUUGUUUACAUUAGCUUCAGCUGUGGGCAAACCAAUUCAACUAGAUGCUGCUACUAUCAACAAAACUAGGCCAAAUAGUGCAAGAGUGAAAGUGCAAGUAGAUUUGCUUGCAGAUUUUCCUAAGUCUGUGUGGAUGGAUAUUGAAGAUGAUGUUACAAAGGAUAUCAGGUCUAUUAAAGUUAAUAUUCAGUAUGACUACCUACCAAAGUAUUGCAUAAAUUGUUUUUUGCAAAGUCAUUCCAAUGAAGAUUGUUGGGUGCUUCAUCCAGAACUGCUAGAAAAUGAAGUGGCAGACAAAGAAGAAGUGGUUCAAAACAAGGGAAAGGCUUUAGUUGUAGCAGAAGAACCUGGAACAAGCAAACAAGGGUGGGUCCAACAAGGAAGAUAUAAAGGAGAUGGGGGGUGGAAAAAACCAAUGCAACAGUAUCUACCAAAAGUUUUAUCCAGUGGUACUGUGGUAUUGAACCAAGGAGUAGAGGAUUCUGAAGUUAGUAAGUUGAGUAAUGAGAAUAAAAGUAAUGAGAAGGAUGUGGUAGAAGAGGAUGGUUCUGUAGAACAAAGGGCUGCAGUUGUAUUUGUAGACGAUAUGAAGGAUCAUAAUAAUGUGCAUGAUCGUGUAGUAGAAGCUGUUAAUGGUGAUCCUGAUCCUGUUCAAAAAGAGAUUAAUAAUCAACAGCUGGAUGGCAAAGCAGAAACUCAGGAGGUUAAAGUGGAUUAUGAUUCAAAGGAGGCUCAUGACUGCCAAGAACAAGAGAAUAAUGGAAUAUCUGAUGAUGUACAAGAGUCUGUAAUGGUGCAUGGAAGAAUUGAUGAAGAUCUUAAUGUUGGAGAAGGAGUGUCAGAACCCUUUGAUCAAUAUGUGGGCAAAGAUGAAAUUGACCAAAAUAAAGGUGUUUUGGAAGUUAUGCAUGAUCCGGGGGAUGGGGUGAAUAACUUGAUUAAUAAGGAUCAAGUACUAGUUAACAAUAUACUAGCACUUGCAGAUACAGAUGAUCAGCAACUAGGAGAGAAAGAUAGGGGUGUUAGGGAUGAAGAUGAAGAUUUUACUCAGAGAUUUGACGCAAUUAACAGGUAUCAUGAUGUAAAGGAGGCUUCUGAAGUUGCUCUGGAAAAUCAGCUGUCUGAAUGUACUCAAGCGGGUAAUCUGAAUAUGAAUGAAGUUUCUAAUGAGGAGGUUCAAGGUUUGAUUGGAAAGUACUCAAUGUGUCUGGAGAAUUUACCAGUAUUGCCACAAGAAUAUGAAGAUUUUGCCUUUUGUCUGAAUUCUUGUGAGUUGCAUGAGAUGCCUUUCAAAGGGAGUCCUUUCACCUUGUGGAAUUGUAGGGCUGCCAAUGAUUGCAUUUUUAAGAGAUUGGAUAGGAUUGUGCAUAAUGAUACAUUUCAGAAUUGGUUUGGACAACUAGAAGUGGAACAUUUGUCAAGGACUGGUUCUCAUCAUGCACCAUUACUUGUAUCUUGUGGAGAUCAAGUGGACAAUUUUACCAAACCAUUCAGAUUUCUCAAAUUCUGGGUGGAACAUGAUACUUUGUUUUUUUACUUUGUUAAGCAGCAAUGGGAAGCAGACUUAUCUGAUGAAGUGUUUCUGUCCUUUAAACUCAAGAUGAAGAAACUGAAAGCUUCUUUAAGUACAUGGAGUAAGGAUACUUUUGGGGACAUUUUGAAAAACUAG